GGCAUUCGUCGAGGUGAGAGGGACUCCAGCCAAACCAGUGGCCAGUCGUACCCAACAACCUUCCCUUGCCCGGCCAGACCGCUUCGCUGGUCGAGAAGGGCGUCGCAGGUGGAGAUCACCGCCAUGGUGGAGAGGAGGAAAGGAACCACAAAAUGCCGCCUCGAGCCGUGCUGCGCAGCUAAAAAGCGGACCCCAACCACCGAACGCCGCCCAGUUCACUCCCCACUUCCCCGUCGGCUUGGCACACAGUUCUCGAAGGACACCCAUAGAGUCGCCCAAGAUGUGCAGAAAACAGCUUACGUUGAUGGCUAUACUAGUCGUCACGGCCAGGGCGUUACCUAUAGCUGACCCUAAGACGGACGGCAUCGCGCCCAUAAACAUCCAAACCCCCAUUAUGCCGGAGAAGACCGCCAUCCAUUCCGCAGAGAAGACGCCGAUCAUCUCUGAAACAAUACCAUCCACCUACGCUGACGGCGGAGCCGCUGUCGUCAAUAAGGAAACCGGAAAGGAUGUUCAAGUUGAACCAAAGCCCUACAAGACAUCCGAAGUGGAUUCGGCAAAGGCCGUGAGCGGAGGAGCGGUUCCCGACGUGGAGCCGGUUGGUGUCCCGGCCGCCGACGGGGUCAGCAGCUCCUUUCGCAGCGAGAUCGGUGAAGCAGCGCCCACGCAGAAGGUCGAGCCCGAGAAGGCGCCGACUCUGUCAGUCGGAGACAUCGGCACCAAUGACCCACUCGAGGGCCCAAACCAGCACAAGGUCGAAGGGGUGCUGGAUACUGAAGGCCUUGGCGCCACUGUCCAGGAUAAGGUCGAAGGGGCCAAGCCGUACGAGGUGAAAACAGAAACCACCGUCGUGGAGGAAGGCGUUGCGGUAGAGGACGAGACCACCAGGGACGAGAAGGUUCCGGAAGGCGUCGAGCAGUACGGCUCUGUGCUCGAGUUCAGCAAGUAUGACACCAACAGCGACGGAGUCAUCGAUGUCGAUGAGUGGAGCAUCAUACAUGGCGGUCACGAGAAAAUUACUGGCCAGUUUCACGCCGCCGACAUCAAUGGUGACAAGCAGCUUGAGCAUACUGAGUUCCAAGGCGCCAGCUGGUAUCACGAUGGCGACCAGUCGGCCGACAUUGCCCGAGACGCGCUGAUGCUGGCCAUCGCCGAGCAGGCCGCCACAGCAGGGGGCGAGCACAAUCACGCCAUGGGCGCUGCAAUAAUGCCUUCCACCGAGUUCCGGUACAUCGUGGACGACGCCGAGAGCAGUGCGCAGAGCGUGCCGGUGAUCCCGGCGGAGCCCGCGGACGUCGUCGUCGUUCCCGAGAAGCCGGCCGUGCCUAGUGCGAACGUAGACGCGGCCGCCGUGAAGGUCAGCGACGUUCCAACUACGGCCGUUCCUCCCAAGGAUGUCGUUAACACUGUCAAGCCCGUCGCGACCAAGAAGGAAAAGACGGAAGUGCCCCAGGUUACGGAGGUGGUCAAAGAUGUCCAGCGAACGGACAAAGUGGAAAGCCCCGAUACGACGACUCCGGAGGAUCCCGCUGUGGUCGCAGAAAAGAAGCACGGCGAAGUGGCACCCCUGAUCUGACGUGCUUCCGCGCUGGAGGUAACCAAGCACCACACGCACUCUGAAAGCUGAAAAAAAAACGUCUUCUACGUCAGGUCAGAAAGACCGCUUCUUGGCGCUUCGUGUUAAUGUCAUUACGUGCACCUCUCGCCGAGGACUGCUACUUCGCCAGCAGUGAGCUGGGACACAACACAGCUUUCUUCCGGCAUUUUCAUACGCGGUUCGCUUAAUUUAUUGCUCCUGUCUGAACGCCGCUUUCGUGAAGGGAUGCUGCAAGUCUUCAGUCGCUUUUGCUCUUUUCUUCUUUUGUGGGUGCUCUUGCUGCGGAUUUUAUGCAUUCUGUGUUAAAGGUGAUAGGGCUGAUGGACAAAUGUCAACGGACCAUGUUGCACCUUGUUUUUUUUUUUUAAUCAUUGAUUUUACAAAAAAUAAACGACGUCACAAGCUCUAA